AUGAAAAAUUUUCGCCGACUUCCCCGUUUUUCAAAUAUUCGGCGACAGUCCUCCGCAGCUUCAAAGUUUGUACCAAAACAGAUCACGACGCUUCCCGUUUUUCUCCAUAAUCAUUUAUUUCCGAAUGUUGAGGUUCCGAGCACUGCCUCGAACGAUGCAUUUUCAAAAAAGUUGGAAAUCUUGGAAAAGCCGGUGCUCAGGAAUGCGAAUCUUUUGCAGCACUUUGAAGCAGUUGCUAGAGAAAAAACCGACACCUACUCCGCAUACAUGGAUGAAAUGAUGCAAUGGAACUUAGAAAAACUUUACAAAUUGCUUCCAAAAGAAUUCAAUUUCAGAACAGGGUGGACUCGUUACGAUCAUCAAACUGGUGAAAUUACCGAGGUUUCGCAUCCACUCGAAUCGUGCUCAGUUUUUGAUGUGGAAGUUUGUGUGACAGAUGCAGAACCAAAAGGGAAACUUCCGACAAUGGCUAUCGCUCUCACAUCAAAAGCUUGGUACUCUUGGUGUUCAAAAAGGCUCGUCGAGAAUACACCUUAUUAUGAUUUUGCGACAACCAACGAAAUGAUCCCGCUCUCGGUUGAUGGAGAGGAUCGGAAGGCGCGUCUGGUGGUUGGUCACAACGUUGGAUUCGAUCGUGCGAGAACAAGAGAACCAUACCUUCAAUAUAAAACUGGACUUCGUUAUUUUGAUACCUUAUCCGCGGGAGCUUCAAUUUAUGGAAUGGCCGAUCAUCAACAGGGACUUUACAAUAAGGAUGAUCUUACCGAAGAGAAGACGAUUUUCCGCAAAGAUUGGGCUGCAAUGAAAUUGGAGAAGUUGAUGGCAAAAUGGCGCACAAAUGCUACAAAAGUCUCGCUGAAAGAUCUUUGUAAGUUUCUGUUGAGUGAAGAUAAGGACCGAUUAUCGAAAAAGAUAUCCAUGAUGAAGAAAACGGAACGGGACUAUUUUGUGAAAGAACCAAUUAUGUUUUUUCGGGAAACAAAGAACUUUCAGGAAUGCAUGGCCUAUUGUGCAUUGGACGUAAUUGCAACUGCAAAGGCUUUCCAGAAACUUGUCCCGAAGUUUCGUGAGAUGUAUCCGUCACCAGUGACGCUGUAUGGCUUUCUAAACAUGGGUGAUGCCUAUCUUCCGAUCAAUAGAUACUGGCCACAAUAUUACGAUUCAUGCGAAAAAGCUCUGUUGGAACAAAAGCAGCAGAAUUCCAUUCAAAUUGUCAAAAGUGCCAAGACGUUAUGCGAAGAAACGAAUAUUACCGAUCCGUGGCUUUGGACAGAAGAUUGGAAACUCUCACGAAAAGACUCCAAUCCCAGAUGGUAUAAUAAUCUCUUUGCUAACGCCGAACAACGUGGUUUAUCGAUUGAAGAUAUUGGAGAUGACACUUUAAAUGUGAGAUAUGGUAAACUCAUUCCAAAGAUCUUUGGAAUGGUUUAUGGUCCUUAUCCACUUUAUGAUCAUCCCGUUUAUGGCUGGGGAUACUUGAUUCCUGUAGUAGAUGAAUGUCGUGAUUUAAAACCCGACGAUUUUGUAGAAUUGGGCAAAGAGAAAAGCAAAGUACUAAUGCCGGCGGGUGCAUUAUGGAACAUCUACAAUGAACGCUUUGGGGCGCCUUCUAAAACCAACAAGGUUUCAAAAAGAAUU